UGGACUCUGGUAUAUUCGAUGGAGGGAGCGAUACAAAUACUCGGCCUGAUUUCCAUGGUGAUACAUGUAAUGUGUUGUGGAGGAUGUGGUCCAUGUGAUUUCAGCCUGGUAACCGGACCCUAUGGUGUUUCUGACAAUGCAAUCACAGCGUCCUCCACUCAUCCUGAUUGUCCAUUACAAUUUGCAAGAUUCAGCAGUUCCCGAGCCUGGUGUCCAUCGCACCGCGGGGACGGACACUACUUACAGGUAGAGUUUAGGAACGUCUCGUCACUGCAGGCCAUACAGACCCGUGGACGGGAAGAUCAUCCCCAAUGGGUAUCCUUGUACACUGUUAAUAUCUCUAUGGACGGACUCACCUGGAAUUCUAUACUUACCUCGACAGGCGAUGUAAAGGUGUUUCAUGGGAAUUCCGACAGUGACACAAUCGUUUCCAACGAACUAAAGGGAAACGUCGUCGCCAAGUACAUCCGGGUUAUAUCCGUCUCCGGGAAUACCUAUCGAUCGAUGAGGCUGGAGGUACAAGGAUGCCCGUUCAGGGAGAUAUCCAACACUUGUCACAGAUGGGAAGCCAGACUAGGGUCUACAAGGAGACGUUUACACAGUUCUCGUGGACACGGACGCAUCAAAUCAAGGAAUAUGUGGCCUGAAGUGUUUCAGACUAUCGGAAUGUGACAGCUUCCUGUUUGAUGUCGGCUCCAAACGCUGUAGAUUACUGAAGACGACUCCUGAUACGUCAUAUGUUACAGUGGAUCUGGCCGGAGUUUGGUAUUUUACGAAGAUCACACAUUAGACACGUAAUUAUCUAACCUGCGUUCGCCAUCAUUUCACUCAACAACGAUUGGGUUUCUUUGGUUCUGUGUUUACCAUUUAUUAAAUGUCCUAACGUCGGCUACACUGAUUUCAUUCGGAUGUUUUUCACAUGUCCUACACAUUUUGUUAUGUAACGUCUUCUACAUUGGGUUAAUUAAGAUGUUUUUUCACAUGUCCUAGUAGACAUAUUGUCAUGUAACGUCUACAGUACUUGGUUAAUUAAGAUGUUUUUCACAUGAUGUCCUAAUAGACAUGUUGUCAUGUAACGUCUACAGUACUUGGUUAAUUAAGAUGUUUUUCACAUGAUGUCCUAGUAGACAUUUUGUUAUGUAACGUCUACUGUACUUGGUUAAUUAAGAUGUUUUUCACAUGAUGUCCUAGUAGACAUAUUGUCAUGUAACGUCUACUGUACUUGGUUAAUUAAGAUGUUUUUCACAUGAUGUCCUAGUAGACAUAUUGUCAUGUAACGUCUACUGUACUUGGUUAAUUAAGAUGUUUUUCACAUGAUGUCCUAGUAGACAUGUUGUCAUGUAACGUCUACUGUACUUGGUUAAUUAAGAUGUUUUUCACAUGAUGUCCUAGUAGACAUAUUGUCAUGUAACGUCUACUGUACUUGGUUAAUUAAGAUGUUUUUCACAUGAUGUCCUAGUAGACAUGUUGUCAUGUAACGUCUACUGUACUUGGUUAAUUAAGAUGUUUUUCACAUGAUGUCCUAGUAGACAUGUUGUCAUGUAACGUCUACAGUACUUGGUUAAUUAAGAUGUUUUUCACAUGUCCUAAUAGACAUGUUGUCAUGUAACGUCUACUGUACUUGGUUAAUUAAGAUGUUUUUCACAUGAUGUCCUAGUAGACAUAUUGUCAUGUAACGUCUACUGUACUUGGUUAAUUAAGAUGUUUUUCACAUGAUGUCCUAGUAGACAUGUUGUCAUGUAACGUCUACAGUACUUGGUUAAUUAAGAUGUUUUUCACAUGAUGUCCUAGUAGACAUUUUGUUAUGUAACGUCUACUGUACUUGGUUAAUUAAGAUGUUUUUCACAUGAUGUCCUAGUAGACAUGUUGUCAUGUAACGUCUACUGUACUUGGUUAAUUAAGAUGUUUUUCACAUGAUGUCCUAGUAGACAUGUUGUCAUGUAACGUCUACUGUACUUGGUUAAUUAAGAUGUUUUUCACAUGAUGUCCUAGUAGACAUGUUGUCAUGUAACGUCUACAGUACUUGGUUAAUUAAGAUGUUUUUCACAUGAUGUCCUAGUAGACAUGUUGUCAUGUAACGUCUACUGUACUUGGUUAAUUAAGAUGUUUUUCACAUGAUGUCCUAGUAGACAUGUUGUCAUGUAACGUCUACUGUACUUGGUUAAUUAAGAUGUUUUUCACAUGAUGUCCUAGUAGACAUUUUGUUAUGUAACGUCUACUGUACUUGGUUAAUUAAGAUGUUUUUCACAUGAUGUCCUAGUAGACAUGUUGUCAUGUAACGUCUACUGUACUUGGUUAAUUAAGAUGUUUUUCACAUGAUGUCCUAGUAGACAUGUUGUCAUGUAACGUCUACUGUACUUGGUUAAUUAAGAUGUUUUUCACAUGAUGUCCUAGUAGACAUGUUGUCAUGUAACGUCUACUGUACUUGGUUAAUUAAGAUGUUUUUCACAUGAUGUCCUAGUAGACAUGUUGUCAUGUAACGUCUACUGUACUUGGUUAAUUAAGAUGUUUUUCACAUGAUGUCCUAGUAGACAUGUUGUCAUGUAACGUCUACAGUACUUGGUUAAUUAAGAUGUUUUUCACAUGAUGUCCUAGUAGACAUAUUGUCAUGUAACGUCUACAGUACUUGGUUAAUUAAGAUGUUUUUCACAUGAUGUCCUAGUAGACAUGUUGUCAUGUAACGUCUACUGUACUUGGUUAAUUAAGAUGUUUUUCACAUGAUGUCCUAGUAGACAUGUUGUCAUGUAACGUCUACUGUACUUGGUUAAUUAAGAUGUUUUUCACAUGUCCUAAUAGACAUGUUGUCAUGUAACGUCUACUGUACUUGGUUAAUUAAGAUGUUUUUCACAUGAUGUCCUAAUAGACAUAUUGUCAUGUAACGUCUACUGUACUUGGUUAAUUAAGAUAUUUGUCCUAUUUCCUAAACACAGAGGAUAUUGAAUGGUUUCCUGUUGAAUAUAACAUAUAUUUCACGAGUAUGACAGAAUAUCGAUAUUUUCACGAGUGCGAAGCACGAGUGAAAAUUAUCGAUAUAUUCUGUCAUUUCAAUUUUCAUUUUAUUGCAUUUUUAUUCUAAAAAACAAAAUCAAAUAUAUCGAAAAAUGUAUAGUGUCAAAAAGUGCGGGAAUCAGUAACAUAGUUCAUGACUUCAUCUCUUUGUGACGUAAUCCCACGUCAACUUGACGGCACCAUUAUGAAAGGACUAAUCAGCGCAAUUUAAGCGUUUUCUGAAGAAGAAUGUGUGCAUAAAAAGCUUACGUCAAGUGAGUAUUUUGUCAAAAGCUAGUCUAAAUAUUUUGGAAAAUCAGCAAAUUACCAAUUUAUCUCUCUUCGCUUCGAUUGGAAAAAUCGACAAAUUUCAAUGAGGUGAAUUGCAAAGGUUCGCUCUGAUUGGUCUAAAACGAAAAAGUUAUAUUUUCGCUGCAAAAUUUAUAUUUUCACUGCAAAAUCUUAUAUUUUCACUACUCAUCGCUGCAGUGAAAAUAUAAGUUUCAUCAAAUUGAUAAUCUAGUUUCUAUAUUUCACUGGCAAAAAUGCAAUGAACAUUGUUAUCUAACGUCUGCGACAUAGUAUGUAUCAAGAUGUUUAUCACAUGUCCUAGACACAUUGUUAUUCAAUGGUGUGCUGCAACGUUUAUUUUAUGUUUCAAACCCGCAUAUUAAAGUGGUAUUUUAA